AUGGCAGAGCUACAGGAGGAGGUGGUGCGGGUGGUGGGGGCGUGCAGUGGCAGGGACAGCAGUAGCGUGCCUCUGGCAGCGUGUGGAAGUGACAGAGUUCUGGUGGAGCGGGAAUUUGACCUGGCAUCAGUGGUGAUUAACUCCCUGCAUUUGGGAACGUGUGUAGUUCUGGUGGAGCGGGAAUUCGACCUGGCAUCAGAGGUGAUCAACUUCCUGCACCUGUGUGGAUUCACCACAGCCGUGCACAGCAUACUCACUGGCUCAUUAUGUCCCUGCUUUUCUCUCGUUCUCCCCACCAUUAGACGCAGUGUGGAAGUGACAAAGUUCUUGGUGGAACGGGAAUUCGACCUGGCACUGGAGGUGAUCAACUUCCUGCACCUGCCAGCCGUGCAGAUCUACCCACCAGCUGAUGUUUCCCUUCUUGCCAUUCUCCGCCCGACACCAACAGGCGGCGUGUGGAAGUGGCAAAGUUCUGGUGGAUUUGCAUUAGAGGUGAUCAACUUCCUGCACCUGCUAGCCGUGCGGAUCUACGCCAGCGUAGCAGCCUUGCUGGCGGAGAAGGGGCCCUUGGACUGGAUCAAGUACAUCCUGACGCCCGCUGAUAUGGAUGACGCGAGAAACGCUGUGUAG